CCCACGAUUCACAUACACAAAUCGCCGGGAUUUCUCGAGGGUUUGCAGUUUACAAAGAACUGAAGAGUGAAAGAAGGAAGAAUCAGCCGACAGCCGACGUCGAGCCUUCCUCCUUCGAAUCUUGCUACGGCGGCGAGGAUUUUUCUCCGGCAGCUUCCGUUGAAGCUUCGUAGCCUCCUCUCCAGUGCAUGUUGUGCACAUGAUGUAAACCAAACUUCUGGAGUCCGUUUGGCUCUUAUAUGCUAUAGCAUGUUCCAAGGUUGGUGAUGCUUAACUGCCCCAUUUGGCAGAUUAUAUUGGAUUCAGGAUAAUGGAUAUGCUUAUGUGUUCAUGGCCUUGUGUUAAUAUUGGUGUAACCUGUGACAUAUUUCAGAGGGACCUUGAUAGGUGAUGAAGUUUCACAGAAUCUGUUCCCACCAGAAACUUGUUCAUCAUUGUUUGUCCCCACUAUUUAAAAUCUCUGCUCCUUUCACAGGUCUUCCUCACGAUGCUCAAUCCAUCCAAAGUUCUGCUAAACUUGGUGGAGAGAAAACUAGAGCAAUCCUCAAAUUGAUUGAGAAGGGUAAUUUCAGCCCAACAUCAAACACCUACUCUAAGCUCCUAUCAGAAUGCACUGCCACCAGGUCUCUCGAUCAAGGAAUGCAGAUUCAUGCCCACAUCACCAAAUAUGGAUUCUCCCAAGAUAUGACACUUCGCAACCAUUUGAUCAAUCUCUACUCAAAAUGUCAGAUCUUUUGUUAUGCUUGCAAGUUGAUCGACGAAAUUAUGGAGCCAGAUUUGGUUUCUUGGUCGGCCCUUAUAUCUGGAUAUGCCCAGAGUGGGCUUGGUGAAGAAGCGCUUGCUGCUUUUCGCCUGAUGCAUCUAUCUGGUGUCAAGUGUAAUGAAUUCACAUUUCCUAGUGUUCUUAAAGCAUGCUCGAUUAAGAAGGAUUUGGAGGGAGGCAAGCAGAUUCAUGGGAUUGUUGUCACCACUGGCUUCGAGACUGAUGUGUUUGUUGCAAAUACUUUGGUUGUUAUGUAUGCCAAGUGUGGCGAGCUCCUUGAUUCAUGCAAGCUGUUCAGUGAGAUUCCUGAAAGGAAUGUUGUUUCUUGGAAUGCUGUGUUCUCUAGUUACAUACAACACGGCCACUUUGAGGAAGCAGUUGAUCUAUUUCAGGAAAUGCUAUCGGGAGGAACGAAACCUGAUGAGUUUAGUUUGUCAAGUAUCUUGAAUGCUUGCACAGGUUCAGGAGAUUAUAUCCAAGGAAAAAGAAUUCAUGGGUAUUUGAUCAGGCUUGGAUAUGAUUCGGAUCACUUCUCAGUUAAUGCACUUGUUGAUAUGUAUGCAAAAUUAGGAGAUUUAAAUGCAGCAAUUGCAGUUUUUGAGAAGAUACCUCGACCGGAUACUGUUUCCUGGAAUGCUAUUAUUGCUGGUUGUGUUCUUCAUGGAUAUUAUGAUUGGGCAGUGGAAUUGGUGGUGCAGAUGAAAAGGUCAGGGACUUCUCCAAACAUGUUCGCUUUGUCAAGUAUUCUCAAAGCUUGUGCUGGAAUGGAGACGAAAGAGUUGGGUAAGCAGGUGCACUGUGAUUUGAUCAAACUGAAUAUUGAGUCUGAUUUGUUUGUGAGUGUUGGCCUAAUUGAUAUGUAUUCCAAAGUCAAUCUCAUGGAAGAAGCAAGGCUGGUGUUCGAUUUGAUGGUAGACAAAGAUUUGAUUUCUUGGAAUGCCAUUAUAUCAGGAUAUUCACUAAAUGAAAAUGAUGAAGAAGCUGUCUCUCUCUUUCUGGACAUGUUGGCUGAAGGGCUUAGUUUCAACCAAACCACUUUAUCUACUAUCCUUAAAUCCACCGCUAGCUUGCAAGACAUUGACAUGAGUAAACAAGUUCAUGCAUUAGUCGUAAAGUCAGGAUAUGAAGAUGAUAAUUAUGUUAUAAACAGCCUUAUUGAUUCGUAUGGAAAAUGUAGCCAUGUAGAAGCAGCAGCAAGAAUCUUUGAGGAAUACCCCCUUGGAGACGUCGUAACUUUCACGUCUAUGAUCACAGCUUUUUCUCAGUAUGGGCAAGGUGAGGAAGCUCUGAAGCUCUUUCUGCAAAUGCUUGAUAUGGGGCUGAGGCCAGAUCCAUUUAUUUGUAGUAGCCUUCUCAAUGCCUGUGCAAAUCUAUCUGCCUACGAGCAAGGGAAACAAAUACAUGUUCACAUGUUGAAGAAUGGAUUCUUGUCAGAUGUAUUUGCAGGGAAUGCCCUAGUUAAUAUGUAUGCUAAAUGUGGAAGUAUAGAAGACGCGGGCCAUGCCUUCCUAGAGAUACCAGAUAGGGGGAUAGUCUCCUGGUCUGCAAUAAUUGGGGGACUUGCUCAACAUGGGCAUGGAAAGAAGGCCUUGCAAUUGUUCGAUCAGAUGCUAAGAGAGGGAUUUCUUCCAAACCAUAUCACUUUGGUCAGUGUACUUUGUGCUUGUAAUCAUGCAGGUCUAGUAGCCGAGGCCAAACAAUACUUCACAUCAAUGGAAGAGCUCUUUGGAAUCAAACCGAUGCAGGAACACUAUGCGUGCAUGAUUGAUAUCCUUGGUCGUGCUGGAAGACUAAGUGAAGCGGUGGAGCUUGUAAACAAUAUGCCUUUUGAAGCCAAUGCUUCAGUAUGGGGAGCACUCCUUGGUGCGUCCAGAAUACACAAGGAUCUUGAACUUGGCAGACAUGCUGCUGAGAGGCUUUUUUCCCUUGAACCAGAGAAAUCUGGAACCCAUGUUCUUCUUGCAAAUAUGUAUGCAUCAGCAGGCAUGUGGGACAAUGUUGCCAAGGUUAGAAGGCUGAUGAAAACCAGCAAGAUUAAGAAGGAACCUGGGAUGAGUUGGAUUGAGGUGAAAGACAAAGUGCAUGCCUUUAUAGUAGGGGAUAGGAGCCAUUCGAGAACCAAAGAAAUAUAUGCAAAGCUUGAAGAGUUGAGUGAUUUGAUGACUAAAGCCGGAUAUGAACCUAAGGUAGAAAUUGACCUUCAUGAUGUUGAUCGAAGUGAAAAAGAGUUGCUUCUCUUCCACCACAGUGAGAGGCUUGCAGUGGCUUUUGGCUUGCUUGCUACACCUGCGGGAGCUCCUAUUAGGGUGAAGAAGAAUCUUAGAGUUUGUGAAGAUUGCCACAUUGCAUUGAAGUACAUCUGUAAGAUUGUUUCAAGGGAGAUAAUUGUGAGAGACGUCAACCGGUUCCACCACUUCAGGGAUGGAUAUUGCUCUUGUGGGGAUUAUUGGUGAUGCUUGAGAGGGGCAAUUUCUCUCAUGUGCAGCGUCGACCCCCCCCCCCCUCUUCCAACAUUUUUGUUACAUAGAAGUAACUAUACAACCUCCCAUUAUUUUUGUAACAUUACCAUCAUUGUUUCAUUUGCUUUUCGUUUUUGAGUAAUAACUUACAAAUCUGAUAGCCCCUUUUGUAGCA